UCCACCUUGGUCUCCAGUGUCUCCACCGUGAGCCAGUCCGUCAUGGUGUCAGAGUCCCCACAAGUCCUGGUCCACUCCAGCGUCAUCACUGAUGGAGCCUCUGUCGUCUCGGACUCCACUGCCUCGACUUCCUCAGACCUGGGUUCUGCCAUCGACAAAAUCAUCGAGUCGACGAUUGGGCCUGACAUCAUCCAGAGUGAGUGCGUGCUCCCGGCUGCUGGCGUGCGGCAGGCCUGCUCGCUCUCCCUCUGGAGUGGCCGGGGAGGGGAGCUGCUGCUGUGCCAGGCCCGGGGAGGUGCCCCCAUGGUGUCCCAGAUGACCACCUCUGCUCUGGCCAAUAGCUUGGCCAUAGAAGCUGUUGCUGAUGGACCUACGUCCACAUGCCUUGACCAGCCCGGCCCUUCAGACCCUUCUGAGCAGUCGGAAGUGCUGGAGCUGCCUGCACGGCCAGACAAGGCCCACGAGGCAGAUGGUGGGGAGGAGCUGGAUCAGCCGGACAUGGAGACCCUGGAAGAGAUGAUGGAGGUGGUGGUGGUGCAGCAGUUCAAGUGCAAGAUGUGUCAGUACAAGAGUGUCUCUAAGAAAACGCUAAUUAACCACAUGAAAGAGCGGCACUUCCAGCCAGCGGGUUCAGCUCUGGCGUUGAAGAAAGGACGUCCACGAAAGGGCGGAUCUGCCCCAAAGACUGCGGAGGAGGAGGUCCCAGAAGAAGAAGAGGAUGAUGAUAUCAUGGAUGCUGGCGCUAUUGAUGACCCUGAAGAGGACAGUGACUAUAACCCAGCCGAGGAUGAGCCCCGUGGGCGACAGCCCAAGUUCGGCCGCACUCUCCCCACAUCCAGCGAGGAGAGGCCGCGUCGGCGCCCGGGGAGGCCCCGAAAGUUUCCUCGUCUGGAGGGCAUGCCCCAGGACGUGCCUGAAGGAGGGGAUGUGGAGCCCUUGGUGACGUCCCAGAGCACACCAAGCCGUGAGCUGCAGGAUGGGGAAGCAGCCCGUUCCUACGGCCUGGAGAAUGGGACCAGCGAGAGCCUGGCGGAGCCCGGCACCACCCAGUCGGCCUCGGAGAACAAGGACCCUUCCUCCAACACCGGCCUCGAGGAGGCAGACGUCGUCCCCAGGAGGCGAGGGCGGCCCUCCCGCCGCUUCCUGGGCAAGAAAUACCGCAAGUACAUGGGGCGCAGGUACUACUACAAGUCACCCAAGCCCCUGAUGAGACCGUACCUGUGUCGGAUCUGCGGCUCGCGUUUCCUCACGCAUGAUGAUCUACGUUUCCACGUCAACUCGCACGAGGCCAAUGACCCGCAGCUCUUCAAGUGUCUUCAGUGCAGCUACCGCUCCCGGCGCUGGUCCUCCCUCAAGGAACACAUGUUCAACCACGUGGGCAGCAAACCCUACAAGUGCGAGGAGUGCAGCUACACCAGCGUGUACAAGAAGGACGUCAUCCGGCACUCCACGGUGCACAGCCGGGACAGGAAAAAGAGAGCUGAUCCGCCCCCAAAGCUGAACUCCUUCCCGUGCCCCGUAUGCAACCGUAUCUACCCCAUGCAGAAGAGGCUGACGCAGCACAUGAAGACGCACAGCACAGAGAAGCCACACAUGUGUGACAAGUGCGGGAAGUCCUUUAAGAAGCGCUACACCUUCAAGAUGCACCUGCUGACGCACAUCCAGGCCAUUAGGCACCCCGAGGAGCCGCCCUGCCGCCGCCGCCCCUUCUUCACCCUGCAGCAGAUCGAGGAGCUGAAGCAGCAGCACAGCCAGGUGCAGGCCCCAGCUGAGCCAGAGGCCAGUCCACCGGUGACUUUCUCUCUCAUGCAGGCACCUCUUGGCCCUGUCACCUACCACGCAGUCCAGGCCAUCCCAGGAGCAGAGCCCCCCAUCCUCUCGCAGGAUUCCCUGGGAGGGGCCACCAUCAUUUACGAACAAGAUGUGGCUGGAUCAGCAGAACUGGCCACACAGACUGCCCUGGAUCUGCUGAACAUGAGCGCUCAGCGAGAGCUGGCCACGGGCUCGCUGCAGGUGGCAGUGGUGAAGCCAGGCGAUUCGGGAGAGGCACCAGCCCCCUGUGAGCCGCAGGGACAGGAGGAGGGGACCGAGAUGGACUCGAAGGAGCAGCAGCAGGAGUUGGUGACACUGCACAUGACAGAGCCUGGGGAGACGCUGGUGCAGGAGGCUUACGAGGAGGCAACACUGGGUGGCUCAGAGCUGCAGCAGAUCACAAUCCCCUUUGGCGGGACGGCAGAGUACAGCAUCAUCACACCCAUCAGCGAGGAGAUUCAGGCUCCAGGCACGCUGUACAGCAGCGAGGAGGAGAGCCCUGCGGAGACCUCCCAUGCGGUUGUGGUGAGUGAGGCUGUGAUGACAGAGGAAGCCCUGAAAGAGCAGAACAAUCACUAUAUCAUGUCGUCCAGCAUCUCGGGGAGCCAGUUCCAUCACAUUGAGCCCCUCAGCGGGGACACUGCCUUUCCCUCUCCUGCGGAAGGCCAGGAGGCACAGCCCCCCGGCGUCAAGUGGCCCCCAGUGCAGUGUGUCACCAGGCAGCUCCAGAAGGACUCGUCUUUAUCCCCAGCCUCCGAGGGGCAAGAAAUCUCAUCCCCAAAGGUCAAGUGGCCUGCACUUCAAGGCAUGGCCAAGAAGCUCUCGUGCAAGGUUUCCACAGCCAAGAAGCUCUCGUGCAAGAUUUCCACAGCCAAAAAGUUUUCAUGCAAGAUUUGCACAGCCAUGUUCACAGGGAGAGCAGAAAUGGAGAGUCACAAGAGAGCCCACAUUGGGCCCAGCACUUUCAAGUGUCCCGACUGUCCGUUCACUGCAGCCCUCUGGCCGGAGGUUCGGAGCCACAUGGUCCAGCAUGCCAGCCUUCGGCCGCACAAGUGCACCCACUGCAGCUUCGCCUCCAAGAACAAGAAGGACCUGCGCAGGCACAUGCUGACGCACACCAACGAGAAGCCCUUCGUCUGCCAGAUCUGUGGGCAGAGGUUCAACCGUAACGGGCACCUCAAGUUCCACAUGCAGCGUUUGCACAGCUCGGAGGCGAAGAGGCUGGGGGCACCGGCAGCUGCCGCCCAGACCAUCAUCCUGAACAGCGACGAGGACACGCUGGCCACCCUGCAGAUUUCCUUCAUGUUGGGAGAGUUUGGUUUAGCUGCUGACCUGCUGUGA